GUCUCUCACCAUUGCCCAUGUUGUAACUCGGCUGUGCUCCUCGAUAGUUUAGUCGCUUAGUCUCUGCGAUAACUCCGUCGGUGCCAUGUCAGGAAAGGGGCGGGGCAUGCCCGAGAGCAUCGACACACCAUCAGCAGAUUGGCUUCGAAAUCGGUUCUCCCCAGUUCCUGCAUAACCUGCUCAUCCGACUUGGCAGGUAUCGUUUCCAUGGUAUUUCUCUUUGAUUCCUUCACAGCAGACACCUGGAUUCCAGACGCAAGCACCAGAGUCCUCGCCGUCGGCGAAACACAGGUAAUAGGUCGCGUAUACUAUACGUAUCGACAUACAGUGGACCCUGAGGCUCACAAGCGGAACAUAUCACCCUGCAAACGUCAAGACGCCGUUAGAGUUCGGCUGCCAGUGAGACUCCCGGCUGCAGCAUCUCAGCAGCCCACGGGAGCUGGUGGCCAUAAUUCACACAGAACAUCGUUCCACAAGACGUCCAACUGCCCAAGCAUGUACAUCAAAGUAGAUUUCGACGAGGCUGCACUCGGCGAGCCAUCCCGGGGUGCGGAUGUUAAGCGCGGACGAUUCCUCCAUGUUUCCGACGAGUCUCGCCGCUGGGGUUCCACAAAAAUUGUAGGAGGACAAAGACGCGUGGUGUUCCGGCAGAGGCCGCCGGUAUUUCGCUCGUCUGGGCCAUUCUCGAACCCGUCCAUUCUGAUCUGGUCUUCGACCUCCGUGGUAUUUGCUUCAUCAGCUAGUCGGACCAUGCAUAUCCCUAAUCGUCAGAGGGCAGAGGUCUAACGUACGUCGUAUAUCCGCUAUGGCGCGCGCCGCGAAGGAAUACAUAUGCGCAGACGGAAGCGAGAUGGCUGGCCGUGGUCGUCAGUGGCGACGCGGGCACCACCAAAUCGAAGGUGGUGGCAGGCCAAUCUUCAUGGUCAUACUCA